CUCAGGGAACUGUGUGUGCAAGAUGGGAGUCUAUGGACCCAAGUGUGACGAGUGCCACCCAGGAUUCUUCCACUUCAGCAGCACCGGCUGUCGGCCCUGUCAGUGCAAUAAUCACACCAACUACUGCCAUCCACAGUCCGGAGUGUGCCUGAACUGUGUGGGAAACACCCARGGGUCCAACUGUGAUGAGUGUAAGCCUGGUUUCUUCCGAAGUCCUGGUUCUGGUCUGACCGAAGCCUGUGCCCCGUGCCCCUGCUCCAACUCUACUUCCACCGGCACCUGUCAUGCCGACUCCAGUGGCUCUCUGGUGUGUGAGCGGUGCCUUCUUCCCUUCAGUGGUCGGCUCUGUGAUGAGUGCAGCACUGGCUUCUACAAAGCAUCAGGAGCUUGUGUGCCAUGUGACUGCAGUGGGAACGCGGACCCUCAUGGACCGGCCCAGCUCUGUCACCCUGACACUGGUCACUGCUUCAGCUGCAUCAACAGCACCUUCGGGCCCCAGUGCCAGUUCUGUGCUCCUGGAUUCAUCGGGGAUGCUCGAGCACACAACUGCACCCGUCUAGCACCUCGGCUCAUUCCAGCACCAGCUGAUCCAACUACACCUGCGGCCCCCACCUCCUCUUACACCAGCACCACGAUGACCUCUGCUACAACCAGACACGUCCCAGCCUCCAAGGCUAGCACCAACACCAGCACGACGCCAAGCAGCACCACCACCCAGGCCCUGCUGACCAGCCUGAGCAGCCCCACCGACAACACCACAGCAGCCCUGACCGAGGUCUCGUGGACCCAGUUCAACAUCAUCAUCCUCGCUGUCAUCAUUCUGGUGGUCCUGCUACUGCUUGGCUUUGUUGGGGGGGUGUACAUGUAUCGGGAGUAUCAGAACCGCAAGCUCAAUGCCCCCUUCUGGACCAUCGAACUGAAGGAGGACAACAUCAGCUUCAGCAGCUACCACGAUAGCAUUCCCAACGCCGAUGUGUCGGGGCUCCUGGAAGACGAGGCCAACGAGGUGGCCCCCAACGGACAGCUCGCUCUCACCACUCAGGGGAACUGCUACAAGGCUUAGACCUGGAUCACGUGGACUUACAGGCAACAGAAAGCUGCUGAUCUAUGACUGCUUGUUUCCCUCACUCACACUCAGCAAAGUGACAGAAAUCAGAAAUGUGAUCAAAGAUAUGCAAGAGAGACGUAGAGUUUCCUCCAGAAAUGUUUUCACUUUUUCGUAGAGUUUAAUUUGUGAAAUGAGUGAAAAAGGGAUCCAAAGAAUAUUCAGUAAGUCAGACCAGAGCCUGUAGAGGGCGCCAUUGUGUUAUUUCAGUUUGGUACAAGCAUCCACUCACCGGCCAAUUUAUUAGGUUCACCUCUUUAGUUGCUCUUUAAUACAAUUAUCCAAUAAUUAACCACACGGUAGCAUUUAGGCAUGGAGACGUAGUGAAGACCACUUGAAAGUUCAAAGUGAGCAUCAGAGCGUGGAUCUAAGUGAAGGUGGUGUGGUUGUUGGUCUGAGUAUUCCAGAAACUGCUGAUAUGUGAUUUUCAUGCAUCUCUAGGAUUUACUGAGAGCAGUCCCAAAAAGAGAGGAAAACAUUUCAUGAGCAUGAGAUGUGAGGAUGAAAACUCCUCGAUGAUGUCAGAGGGCAAAGGAGAAUGAGCAGACUGGUUGGAAACGACAGAAAGGCAACAGUAGCUCAAAUAACCACUCKAUCCAGCCGAGGUCUGCAGGAAACCAUGUCUGAACACAACAUGGAGCAGAUGGUCUGCAUCAGCAAAAGAUCACCCUGCUGUCACCCUGAAGCUACAGUUUCCACACAAUCACCAAAACGGGACAAUAAAGCCUUGUCUGGAUUCCAGUGGCCUCCACAGUCUCCAGGUCUCAGUCCAGUGCAGCAGCUUUGGGACUUGGUGGAACAGGAGAUCCACAUCAUGGAUGUUCAGCUGACAAACCUGAAGCACCUGAGUGAUGCUGUCAUGUCAGCUUGGAGCAAAAUAUCUGGGAAAUAUUUCCAACAACUCAUUGAAUCUGUGCCAGAAAGUGGGGGUCCAAGGAAAGGCCCACUAGGAAAGUGGGCCUGAUAAAGAGGCCAGUGAGUGCAGAUCCAGAACCAGUCGGAGGAUUUAAUGGGAGAAAAGCAUUUCAUGUAUUUUUUAAAAAAAAGGACCAUUUAAGUUAUUUUGGGUCACUGGUGUAGUGAUCCUAAACAAUGAGACAAUGAUUGUUAUUUAAUGAGUUUUUACUCUGUUUAUUUAUUGGUUGAGYGUUUGUUCCUGGGAGAAAUGCUGCACUUGUUUAUUUCUGGAGUUUUGAGCUGUUUUGAUCCGGGCCCGUGUUUCUAUGUACAGUUGGUGCGUUUUGGACUGAGUCCGAGUGGAAGACUGCUGACAGAGCAUUAAUGACCUCACCUUUUGUUUCUAACUUCCUGUCCUUCGUUAAAGUGUGUCAGAGGAGUGGUUUAUUCUUUGUUGUUUGUUUGUUUUUUUAAAGAAACAGUGAUCACCAUCAGGCACUACUGCAGGGAAGUGACACACUGUUGGCCCAUGUCACAUCCUAAUCCAACCUGCUCUUUGCUGCCUACCUCAGCAAAAGUUCAAUCAAUCUGAAAAUCAUUAAAGUUUAACAAAGGGUGUGUGACUGAGCUGAUAAGAGCCUUUGAUGCCUGAAACAGUAUUCUAGUGUUCAUGCUGUCGUAAAGGAACUUCUGUGCACUUAACACCUAACCCUGUGUUUCAGCUGUGCGUGCUUCUUUUUACUACAGUUAUUGAGUAAAGAUAAUUAUGGAAGUAACUCCUCAGGUACUGGCACGCUCCCUAAUGUGAUGACUGUAAAUAUUAUCCUUAAUGUACAGAUGAAUGUGAAUAGUAGCACUAUUAUUGUACAGGUAGAAUACUGUGUGUACACUGUAACUCUACAACACUUUCACUCUCCUUUGGCAGUGGGGUGAUGCCAUCGCCCCGCUGCUUUUUCUAUUGUUGUUUUCAUUUCUUAUUCUAAAAGGACUUGGCCAUAAACACAGCUGCAGGACUCAAAAGCACCCAGACUUCAAAAACWUUGAAGACAAUGUAAAUAAUGCUCCGAAAUCAAAAGUCAGCUCUUAAAUAAAAUGGGUUUAACUGUUUUGGUUGUGUCUCACUCUGAGUACUUUAUAGAUUUUACACUUGUUUUCAUUGUAUUCUAUGCUCUGCUCAGAGCUGAACGUUGUCUUUAUUGUUGUCAUAUUAACCACAGUCCUUCCUCUUUUUCAUUUCACUCUGCCUCAUUCAGCACAUUCUGACGAUGGCGUCAAACCAAAACAGUUGAUAGCGGUGGUUUGGGUUCAUUCACCUGUGUCUACAUGUGUGAAUGGGUUUUUAUAUCAGUCUGUUAGCGAAAUAUCUUAUGAACCAUUGGACCGGUUUAAAUAAAUCUUUCAAAGUAAA